AUGGCAGAAACUCUCGUUCUCCGCGGAACCAUGAGGGCUCACACCGACAUGGUUACGGCCAUCGCCAUUCCGAUCGACAACUCUGAGAUGAUCGUCUCGGCAUCGCGCGACAAGUCUAUCAUCCUCUGGCACCUUACCAAGGAUGAGAAGACUUACGGUGUUCCCCGCCGCAGGCUAACCGGCCACUCUCACUUCGUCCAGGACGUCGUACUCUCAUCCGACGGCCAGUUCGCGCUCUCUGGAUCCUGGGACGGCGAGCUUCGCCUCUGGGACUUGGCUCUCGGCGUCUCUGCUCGCCGCUUUGUGGGCCAUACCAAGGACGUUCUCUCAGUGGCCUUCUCGAUUGACAACCGUCAGAUCGUCUCGGCCUCCCGCGACCGUACGAUCAAACUGUGGAACACUCUUGGUGAGUGCAAGUUCACUAUCCAGGACCAAGACGGGCAUGGUGAUUGGGUCAGUUGCGUCCGCUUCAGCCCCAAUACACUGCAGCCCACCAUCGUAUCAGCCUCGUGGGACAAGACUGUCAAAGUGUGGAACUUGACCAACUGUAAGCUGAGGUGCACCCUUGAAGGGCACAAUGGGUAUGUGAACACAGUGGCGGUUUCUCCUGAUGGUUCAUUGUGCGCCAGCGGAGGGAAAGAUGGAGUGAUUUUGCUGUGGGAUUUGGCAGAAGGCAAGAUGCUUUACUCACUUGGUGCUGGUGCUAUUAUUCACGCUCUCUGCUUCAGUCCCAACAGGUACUGGUUGUGCGCGGCCACUGAACAAAGCAUUAAGAUCUGGGAUUUGGAGAGCAAGCAAAUCGUUGAGGAUUUGAAGGUUGAUCUCAAAACUGAGGCUGAGAAGACAGAGGAUACCCAUGCUGCUACUGCUUACAAGAAGAAGGUUAUUUACUGUACAAGUUUGAACUGGAGUGCCGAUGGGAGCACCUUGUUUAGCGGCUACUCCGAUGGGGUAAUCAGAGUUUGGGGCAUUGGCCGUUACUAG